AAAGUUUCAUAAUUUUUUGAUUUUGUUUUGAUUUUUUUCGAAUUUACUAUUCAUCAGGCAGAUAUUUUUGUUUUCUUUUUGCCACGAGCUCCUCGCGUGCCGAAAGAGCCUGAAAUUUUGUUCGCAUCUUGUGCAUGUAAGCAUAUUCGGCCCCAAAAAAUUUCAGAUUUUUUUGAAGUUUUUUUUUUCAAAUUUACUGUUCAUCGGGCGGUUUUGUGGCGGUCAAAACUGGUCAAUAUACUCAAAAUCUGGUUUAGGACCAAACUUAUCCGGUUUUGAGACUUGAGGGACCAAACGUAUACCAAAAAAUCUUGAGGGACGAAGCCUAUACUUUAUGGGAACUUGAGGGACCAAAAACAUACUUUUCUCUAAAUAUAACCUAUAUGCAGCAAACAUAUGGAUUACCUUUCUUCUAUUGGUGUUCGAAGUCAUCGAGAAGUCAAGCAUGUGCAUUACAAGACCUUUCAUGAGUGGUUUAAAUUGCACGUGGCAGAAAUGGGCGAUGAAGCACCUCAUGAGAUAAAAAUAUUAUCUAAAGAGCCAAACUUGGUUGCUAUGAAGUAUAGUAGCUACACUAUAAAUGGGAUAGACUUUCAUACACAAUCAUAUGAUGAGGGCCGGCCAUUUCAGAGUAGUGGAGUAGCUCUUGUUGCACAAACCACAUCCUUUACAAAAGGAAAAGGUGACAAUAUUAGUGUAAGAAACAAAACCUAUUAUGGCAUCAUAAAGGAAAUUCUUGAGUUGAACUAUCAACAUGAAGGGAAAGUAGUGUUGUUCAAAUGUGACUGGGUUGAUAAUCGUGUAGAAGAUGAAUGGGUGCAAACUGAUCAGUUUGGAAUCACUUCUGUGAAUUUCAAGCAUUUGUUCAAUACCGGUGAGAAAAUGUCAGACGAGCCCUUCAUAUUAGCCACACAAGCAACUCAAGUUUACUAUGUUGAAGAUCCCAUUGAUGUUGAGUGGUCUACUGUUGUUGUUCCAUCAUUAUAUGACAUGGAAGAAUCUCAAGAUGAUAAUGGUAAUGUUUUACGUGUGACGUUGCCUGAUCCAUGUACUGCCAUACAUGUGAGUGUUGCGGAUGGAUGCAUUGGUUCUGCUAGGACAGAUAUAGAUGGACUAGUUCUUAAAGCAAGUGAUAUUGAAAAAAACUAAGUUGUGUAUGAUCCUUUAAUGUUUUGUAUUUUCAGCGAUGUACUCAUGUAGUGUGUCUU